UGAGCUUCCUGUAUUUACCCUUUAAAAGCAUUGCAAUAUCAUCUGUCCUAUCAGAGAAACAUGGAUCUGUUCAGCUUAAAAUCACUUGUGUUUUUCCUCUGUUUCAUAGGGCCCAGUGUUGGUCAGAAGAUUGUGUCGGAGAGUCCAGUGCAAGCCUAUUUGGGGGGAAACGCGACACUUAAAAUAGAGAUUGAGAAUGAGCCACAUAACAUAAUAACCUGGAACUUCAAAGGUGAAAACCAAAUUGUAAAUGUUGCUCUUCUGCGUCCAGAAGGUCUCAAGGUGAACGAUCGCUACGAAGGUAGAGCUUCGAUUGAUUCGGCCAACGGCCACCUGAUUCUGACCUCCGUACAACUGAAUGACAGCGGAAAUUAUACUGUCAUAAUAUUGGGGAACCAUGCUGCUGAAAUUGGAAUAGUUGAACUCCAUGUUGUGACUGAGAAAGAUGUUUCACAUCCCAACCUGACUUUGCUGGCCCCCUCCAGUGAGGAGCCGCAGCAGGGGAAGUUAACCUUCACAUGUCUGGGAAACAAGGGCUUCCCCUCUGACUGGCAAUUGCAGUGGCAGGUCAACAGCAGCAGCCAAAUCCACUGGAAAGAGGAACGGGGCCCAGUGACGCCUCUAGAUGAUGACCACUACGCCUGGAGCAGCUCCUUGACGGUUGAUGAGGAGAACUGGAAGAAGAUAUUUUCUGUGACCUGCAAGGCGGUUCUGGGCUCACUGGAUCCAGUGUCGGUAACACUGAAAAUCAACGAGAGAUCAGUGGCCCAGUCUGACUCACUGGAUUGAUUUUUAUACUUUAACUGGUUUCACUCGGCAGGGCAUUUUGAAGAACAAAUUAUUCUCUUCCUUUAUUCUGCAUGGUCUUCUUUAUAAUAUUAAAUGGAAUAUGUCAUAAUUUGUGAUCACAAUUAGAGGAUAAAUGCAUAUAUAUGUAGACGCCUGUUGAAAAGCUUUAAAACUUUAACUUUGGAUUAUUUUAAAGCCAUGAAACUUCUGAUGAAUUGAUCACAUUUUCAAUUUAUUUAAGGGUGAAGAGCAUUCUUCAGUACUAAAUCACAUUAACAUUUAUAUAAUGAGUAAUUUAUUUUAUAUUUGUUUUUACUUUCCACAGAUUAAAUGUAAUCUAUGUAAUAUAUAUGUAUUCAGUAAGUGAUCUGGCGAGUUUGCGGCUAAACUAAAAAUCUUUCCACAAAAACUUAAAGACAGAGGACAAAUUUUACUUUCUUUUAGUAAUUUUCUGAUGUAUGCUAACACACAUCACAAAUAGUAUUUUCUUUGAAUUUCAUAUUUUGAAGACAGGCUAAAAAUGACUUGCUUGAUAUCAUUUGUAGUCCAGAGAAACAGUAAUACAAGUUUAAAAUUCACAGAUAACACUAAGCAAAUAUUUUUGCUUCAAAGUAUUAUUUCUCUCUUUGUCUUGACAGAUGUCCUGCAGAUUAAUGUCUAACAUGCUUAAUAUGAGACUUCAGUACAUUUUCUUCAGAGUUGUGCAGAAAAAGUGGCAAAUAUUUGUGAGUUUGAAGUCAGACAUUUUCAACUUGAAGACAUUUUCUGAAAAAUAAAAUGAAUUUAAAUAAUUCCAAUAUUUUUGUAAAUUACAAGACCUUUUGCUUACCUUUAAGAUCACAAUGUUUAAAGUUGUUUAUAAUUACCAUUCAAAAGUCAUGUAUCAGACGGGACAUGUUGAGUAUUUGGAGAGUUUUACGUCUUCUUCCAUUUUGCCUCACAGACAAUUAAACUGCUCUGUAAAUUAUA